UGCAAGAGAAGAGAUUACUUCAAUUCAACUCCACAAACAAACAACCAGAUCUGAGAUCCCAAUGGCUUUUUCGUCUAUAAACUAACAACUUAUUAUAUUCCCCCUCAUCUCUCGUAUCUCUUUAGCUCCUUCACAACCUUCCACUCUUUAACCUCUUGCCUCUCGGCUCUCGCCUCCGCAACAACCACCAUUUUUUUUCCUAAAAUGGCGAAAUUACCCUUCCUCUCGACGUUCCUCCUCCUCCUCCUCUCGCUUCUGUCCCUCACUACUGCCGAGAUCAAAACCCUAACCAUCACUGCCGACUCCCGCCCCAUGAUUCUCUUUGAAAAAUUCGGAUUCACCCAUACCGGCCACGUCACCAUCUCCGUCAGCUCCGUUUUUGUUUCUUCCUCAACCUCCGCCCCUAACCCUAACCCUUCCCGUCUCGGUUUCUUCCUCCUCUCCGAAGAAUCCCUCCUUCAAGUCCUCGUCGAGAUCCAACAAAACCCUAACUUCUGCGUCCUCGAUUCGCACUACAUUCUAAAAUUGUUCAACUUCCGUGACCUCUCUCCGCCGCCUCUCUCGCGCUUCAAUCAAUCGUAUCCCGUCACGGCUCCCAAUGAAUACUCUCUCUUCUUCGCCAAUUGCGCGCCGGAAACUCAGGUCACAAUGAACGUACGGACCGAAAUUUAUAACUUGGAUCGCGAUGGUUCGAGGGAUUAUCUCUCAGCCGGUUUGACUCAACUGCCUUCGUUGUUUUUCUUCUUCUCGUUCUUGUACGUAGCGUUUGUUGGAAUCUGGAUCUACGUUUGUGUCACGAACAAGAGAUCGGUUCAUAGAAUUCACUUGUUGAUGGCGGGGUUGCUUUUGAUGAAGGCGUUGAAUCUUAUUUGCGCUGGGGAGGAUAAGCAUUUCGUGAAAGUCAGCGGGACGCCUCACGGUUGGGAUGUAUUGUUUUAUAUAUUCCAAUUUUUGAGGGUCGUUUUGCUUUUUACGGUGAUCGUUUUGAUCGGGACGGGGUGGUCGUUUUUGAAACCAUUUUUGCAAGAGAGGGAGAAGAAAGUGUUAAUGAUUGUGAUUCCAUUACAGGUUUUGGCCAACGUGGCUUCGAUUGUGAUUGGUGAAACGGGGCCGUUUAUUAAAGAUUGGGUGACAUGGAACCAGGUGUUCUUGUUGGUAGAUAUUAUCUGCUGUUGCGCCAUUAUCUUCCCGAUUGUGUGGUCGAUUAGGUCUUUGAGGGAGACAUCGAAGUCUGAUGGGAAGGCGGCCAGAAACUUGGCGAAAUUAACAUUGUUUAGGCAGUUUUAUAUUGUGGUGAUUGGGUACUUGUAUUUUACGCGAAUUGUGGUGUUUGCCCUUAAGACCAUUGCUGCGUAUAAGUAUCAGUGGGUGAGCAAUGCAGCUGAGGAGACAGCGAGUUUGGUGUUCUAUAUGGUGAUUUUCUAUAUGUUUAGGCCAGUGGAGAGGAAUGAGUACUUUGUUCUUGAUGAGGAGGAAGAAGAAGCUGCCGAGAUGGCCCUCAGGGAUGAAGAGUUUGAGCUGUGAAUUCGGUAAAUUGUUACAAUACGAUCAUUUGGAUUUUUGUUUACAGGUAGAAUAUCUGUGUCAAGCCUGUCGCUUCGGUUUCUCUCUCUCUCUCUUUCUCUUUUUAAGCUUUUAAUUUUAUGUUAUAAGAACUUUUGAUUUCAUAAUACUUUCUGUACCUUUAAUGGAAUUUUCUCGUGAAGAUGAUAGUGAAUUCUGAAUUAUAGAGUUAGUUCAAAUGUACGUGUUUUUGCUUGUAGCAUUGUUUUUUCUUUUACCAUCGGGCUGUAUGGUGCAAUUUGACGAGAUCCAAUGUUUUUGUUCA